AUGCAAGUCUAUCUCACAAAUGCUUCUUUCGAAGGAGGUCGUCGAUUAUCAAAUUUUUGGCAUCGCGUACCAGUUAUCCCAAGCGACUUCAAAACUCGUUUUCAACAUGCUUCGAAAUCUCUCUACUCAACGGAAAGAGGUGGGGUAUCUCCUCUAUCUACAGACGUCUUGGAUAAACAUGCAAAGUUGAAGUCAAUUCCUAGACCUGUCGAACGUGUUUAUGCGCCUCAGUGGCGGAAAUCGAAAGUAUGGGACAAAAUAUUCAGUCCUCACUGGGACCCUCAAAGAUACAAAGCAGAAUACAAUCAAAGUAGCUGUGUGCCUCUCUGGGACAUAGCGCCUGGCUGUCUUCUUUUUCUUAAAGGUAAAACAAGAUUGGCUCCCGAAUCCCUCAAAGAGAUCCGAAAAUAUGCCCACCCUGGCGUGUGUGGCCAUCAUGUUGUGGUAUUGGCAAUCGAUGUGAAAGGGGUUGACGAAGCUACAGUCGGCUUGGCGACAAUUAGAAGCUUCUCUCAACAUCAAGAUGAGUGUCGAUUCCUUGGUUUAGAUUGGUUUGAUAAUACACACUUUGAGAUACAACAGAGAGGCAAUAACAAUCUACCUCCACCACUUGAGCAAAAUAUAAAAGUACUGCGGUUAUAUAAAACCCCCUGCUCAAAUCAAUAUCAUGAAAACCGACAACUUAUUGAGACGGGCACCAUCUUCACCGUUCCGUACCAGGAGUUAAUGACUGAAGUCAGAUUCCCUGGCGAACAUUCUGACUCGUGGUACCCCUCUUCUUAUCUUAAUGGAUGGUCGAGGCGCAUCAUUAAACAAGAUUUUUUCGCCAUGUGUGAAAUCAUCGGUUUCACACCAGAUCCAUGGGCCAGUAGUGGUCCAUAUAUGUGGAAGGAAUUUGUCAAGAAGACUGGAAUCGACACAUUUGGCUUUGAUCUCGAGGAUCCCGCACUAUACGACGAGAAGGCCUUUCAUCAACAGAUGUGGGAGGAAGGAGAGGAGGAAUAUAACAAGUUCUAUAGUUGGUCUGGAAUUGUUCAACAGAGCUCAGAUGAUUACUCACCUCUAGGGUGGGUUUUUGACCGUGAGCCGUACAAAGGAGGCCUCAUACGCAAGAAAAUUAAUGGUCGCGGCUUGAUUCGCAAAGUAGAUCCAUUCGACCCGAGCGGGAAGCAAUUCCAAUCGUGA